AUGGGUAAACUCGAUGGAAAAAUUGCAUUGAUCACAGGUGGAUCCGAUGGGAUUGGUUUAGCAACAGCUCAAGAAUUUAUUGCCGAAGGUGCGUUCGUAUUCAUAACCGGUCGUCGACAAGAAUUGCUCGAUUCCGCAGUGAAACAAAUUGGGCAAAAUGUAUUCAGUAUUCGAGCUGAUUCAUCGAAACUAGAAGAUCUCGAUCGUGUUUAUGAAAUAAUCAAACGAGAAAAAGGUAAAUUAGAUGUACUUUUCGUCAACGCAGGUAUCGCCGGUGCAAUGCCGUUGAGCGAGAUCACGGAGGAAUUUUUCGAUAACAUGUAUAACAUUAACGUCAAGGGUGUUCUUUUUACUGUUCAAAAAGCUUUACCAUUGUUAAACAAUGGAUCCUCCAUUAUCUUAAAUGCAUCCGUAGUUUCCAUCAAAGGUGGAUUGGCGUCAAGUGUUUAUUUUUCGAGUAAAGCUGCGGUGCGAUCAUUUGCACGUUGCUGGUGUGUGGAUUUGAAAGAUCGUCAAAUCCGAGUCAAUGCGAUCAGUCCAGGUCCGGUUGAUACAUAUUUGAUGAACAACUUGGGUCCAACAGAUGAAGUGUCGAAAAAUAUUGUGGAUAAAAUGACGUCAUUGACUGUGAUGAAUCGACUUGGCACAUCAAGUGAAAUAGCUAAAGCUGCACUAUUUUUAGCGUCAAGUGAUAGUUCGUAUGUUACUGGUAUUGAACUUUUCGUCGAUGGUGGUGCCGGUCAAAUUUAA